AAAUUUACCUAAACCAAUGUUACAUUCUGAUAUUAAAGGCGAAGUACCAAAUGUUCGCGCGCUUAUGAAAGAAGUUAAUUUAUUCGUGGACGAUAUAGUUCUGAAUGUAAUGUUUAUUAUUGAAUAUACAAUAUUAUUACCAUUAAAUUCUCCUUAUACAAUCCUAUAA